AGAAGCAUCUUUGAGAUCUCAUCUGCAUAAUCAAAAGCAAAACCAAGCUUUCGUGUUCCCAAUCUCAGUUCUCUCUUUCUCUCUCUCUAAUCAAAAACCCUAAAUCUAUCUCCACCAUGAAAACGAAGACUAACCAGUAAUCAACGCAAUCAUCCAUCUACAAUCAACUAUGGAGUCAGAACUCAAAGACCUCAAUUCCAAACCACCCAAACCCAACGGCAACGCCACCGUCCGCGACGAUCGUCCUCUACUCAAGUCCGAUUCGGUGUCGUCGGUGUCCUCCACCUCCGAGAGCGUGGAGGAGCUGGAGAAGAAAUUCGCCGCGUACGUGAGGCACGAUGUGUACGGAACCAUGGGGCGAGGGGAGUUGGCGACCAAGGAGAAGCUCUUGCUGGGUUUCGCAUUGGUUACUCUGCUUCCAAUCAGAGUCAUUCUCGCUUUCACUGUGUUGUGCUGUUAUUACUUGAUUUGUAGGGUUUGCACCAUGUUUUCAGCUCCUAAUCGUGAGGAUGAGCAGCAAGAAGAUUACGCUCACUUGGGUGGGUGGAGGAGGGCUGUUAUUGUUGCCUGUGGAAGAGCACUCUCUAGGGUUAUGCUUUUCAUUUUCGGCUUUUAUUGGAUCACCCAUUCUCACACCACUAUGGAGGAAGACAAACGUCAGCCUGAAGAGGCGAGGAGACCGGGCGUAAUAAUAUCUAAUCACGUCUCAUACUUGGAUAUUUUGUAUCAUAUGUCUAAUUCGUUCCCAAGUUUUGUUGCCAAGAGAUCAGUGGCUAAACUUCCUCUCGUUGGUCUCAUCAGCAAGUGCCUUGGCUGUGUCUAUGUUCAGCGGGAAUCAAAGUCAUCGGACUUCAAGGGUGUUUCAGCUGUUGUCACUGAAAGAAUUCGAGAAGCUUAUCAAAAUAAAUCUGCUCCGCUAAUGAUGUUAUUUCCAGAAGGUACAACCACAAAUGGAGAUUACCUCCUUCCAUUCAAGACUGGUGGUUUUUUGGCAAAGGCGCCAGUACUUCCUGUAAUUAUAAAAUACCCUUACCAAAGAUUUAGCCCUGCCUGGGAUUCCAUAUCUGGGGUACGCCAUGUGAUAUUUCUCUUAUGCCAGUUUGUAAAUAAUAUCGAGGUGAUACGAUUACCUGUAUACUAUCCCUCGCAGCAGGAAAUGGAUGAUCCCAAAAUAUAUGCCGAUAAUGUAAGAAGGUUGAUGGCUACUGAGGGUAAUUUGACACUCUCCGAUAUUGGACUAGCGGAAAAACGAAUAUAUCAUGCUGCUCUCAAUGGUUUGUUUUCCCAAUGCUAGUUCUUCGGAUUCGUGGUCUGUAUAUUCAUUGUGUGGUUCUAUUUUUAUCACGAAAAGGAAAAAGAAAUUAAUAUAGGAAAUUCUGUGCAGAACAAAUGUUCACAUUUGGAAGUGAUGUAUCUAUGACUUCUGGAGCAUUAAUGUGUUUCAGAGUAGUGGUUCAAUGUAUCUACCCUUGUAGGAUUAGUAGGAUCCUCUCAAAUAUAGGGUGUUCUAAAAUAACUUGCUGUUAUUAUUAUUAUUAUUUCAUGAUGUUCAUUAGUUAGAAGUAGAACAGGGUUAGGGCUGUGUUUGUUUUUCUUGUGGUGAGAAGGGCCAAAGCUCAUCCGAAGUAAGCCAGUAACACUUCUUUUAUAAUGAACAGUACCACUCAUUUAACUGUGUAUUGUAGAGAUAGUCUCACUUCAGAGAACAUUAUGAAAGAAGAAAUAGAAGGGAAAAACUUCUUUCCUUUUUA